GCGUUAUAUUUGGCGACACCACCCAAUCGUUAAGUAGUACACCUUCGCUAGCGACGAGUCCGCACUUCAGAGAAUUUCGUCACCCACUCACAGAGAGAGCGCCCCGCAGCCCGCACCACAGAAUCGGCGUUCCCCCCCAAUGGAGAACGGCGCCACGAACGGGCAUCCGGCGCCGACCGCCUGGAACUUCGCUCCCAGCGAGGCCCUCCUGGGCCUGACGGCGAUGUCGGUGCGCGCCGUGCUGGGCCGGGUCAAGGCCGGGAUGGAGGAGGACGGCCCGAGCGCCGCCGACAGCCGUCCCGUAAUCCCGCUGGGCCACGGCGACCCCUCCGCCUUCCCCUGCUUCCGCACGGCGCCCGAGGCAGUCUCCGCCGUCGCCUCCGCGCUCGGCUCCGGGGACUACAACUCCUACGCCACCGGGGUCGGGCUCGAGCCCGCGCGGCGCUCCGUGGCGCGGUACCUCUCGGCGGACCUCCCCUACGAGCUCUCCCCCGACGAUGUCUUCCUCACGGGCGGCUGCUCCCAGGCCAUCGAGAUCGUCUUCUCGGCCCUCGCCCGCCCCGGCACCAACGUGCUGCUCCCGCGGCCCGGGUACCUGUUCCACGAGGCCCGCGCCAAGUUCAACGGCAUGGAGACCCGCUACUUCGACCUCUUCCCGGACAAAGGGUGGGAGGUCGACCUCGGCGCCGUGGAGGCCCUCGCCGACAGGAACACCGUCGCCAUGGUCAUCGUCAACCCCGGGAACCCCUGCGGCAACGUCUACACCUACGACCAUCUCGCCAAGGUUGCCGAGACGGCGAGGAAGCUCGGCAUCUUCGUCAUCGCUGAUGAAGUGUACGCGCACUUGACGUUCGGGAAGAACAGGUUUGUCCCGAUGGGUGUGUUUGGUUCUGUGGCUCCGGUGCUCACGUUGGGGUCUAUCUCGAAGAGAUGGGUGGUGCCUGGAUGGCGGCUUGGAUGGAUCGUGACCAAUGAUCCUAAUGGCGUGUUUCACAAGACCAAGCUUGUGGACAGUAUAAAGAGUUACCUUGAUAUCUCCUCUGAUCCUGCAACAUUUGUUCAGGGAGCAAUCCCAGAACUGCUGGAGAAUACAAAGAAAGAAUUCUUCGAAAAAACCAUCGAUAUUCUGGGACAAACUGCAGAUAUAUGCUGGGAGAAACUCAAGGGUGUCAGUGGCAUCACUUGCCCAAGCAAACCUGAGGGCUCCAUGUUUGUAAUGGUGCAAUUGGAUCUGUCCAUCCUACAUGACAUCAAAGAUGAUAUGGACUUCUGCUGUCAGCUGGCAAAAGAGGAGUUAGUGGUUGUUUUGCCAGGAUGUGCUGUGGGAUACAAGAAUUGGGUCCGGUUGACCUUUGCGAUCGGACCAUCUUCUCUCGAAGAUGGCCUUGACCGUCUCAAGUCCUUCUGCUUGCGUCACAGCAAGCUGAAGAAGUGAUACGACGAACUCAGCAGUUCCCUCCAAAAUUACGCACAUGCUUUCCUAUCAGGAACAAGAAUCAUGUGCAAAGUUCGUCAGGAGCUCCAUGAGGGAUUCAAAACAGUUAUCAACCUAUCCUAAAAUAUGCAUACGAUGUUCAUCUCCACUCGGAGAUGAUAUAUUCGAUGCAUUAAGUCCAUACUGAGCAAUGAGCUCUGCUGCUUUGUGUCUACAUAUGAGAUGUUACAAUUCUCGUUGUAAUAGCUCAGUAUGUGUAGGUGGAAAUUUACUGUACCUGAAGUGUAGAACACUGUUCUUGAAUAAAGAAGGGAUUAUAUCAAAACAACCUUUCCAGCAAAA